AACGGCGACACUAGCGCUGGUUCUGCUCUACAAAGAACGCUCAAGUGUACACUUACUGAAUUAGUUCUGCCAGUGCAGCUACCAAGAACAAACCUAUAAGUAUGGCAACAUUGUAUAGAGGAACAUAACCUCCUUUACAGCCAACUUUGGCACAUGUCAGUAAAAUAAAUAUUUUUAUCUAAAAGACAACGAUGAAUUCUACUAAGUUAAUCAAUUAUUUAGUAGCAGAUACGGCUGCAUUUAUACAAAAUACCCAAUUACAGAAUGUUGCAAAUAAUAUCUUCACCUGCCCGGAUGUAGUUAAUGAAAUUAAUAAUAAAAGGCAGCUUAGACGCCUAGCUGUCCUUCCUUACGCUCUUAUAGUCAAAGAACCAUUUCCUGAACAUAUCAAAUUGGUCACAGAUUUUUCCAAAAAAACUGGAGAUUAUCGUAGUUUAUCGGCAACUGAUAUAAAAGUAUUGGCAUUAACAUACCAACUCGAAAAAGAAAAAGUGGGUACAGAACACAUUAGAACCAAACCUAUUAUGGAAAAAGCGGAAAUAACUACUGAAAAUAAAUUAGAUACAAAUCCAGAUGUUACUGGCUUCUUUCUACCGACAGAUUCAGAAGAAAUUGGAAUUGAAAACAACGAAUCUGAUGAAAUUACAGAUGAAAAUGAUACAGAAAAUAUAUUGGUUCCAGUAAAAGAAGAUGAUGAUACUUCUGGUGAUGAAAGUGAUGAUGGAGAAGAUGAUGAUGAUUCUGAUAGUGGUUGGAUAACUCCCUCGAACGUAAAAAUAGCAAAGCAACAAGUAAACUCAGAUUUAUUAGAACAGAAAAAGGUGGAAGUAGCUUGUAUGACAACAGAUUUUGCUAUGCAAAAUGUGCUUCUCCAAAUGAAUCUUAAUGUAUCCGCUUUAGACGGUCGAUUAAUAAAACAGUUGAGGACAUAUAUUCUACGUUGUUAUGCCUGUUUCAAGACUACAAGUAUAAUGACUAAAAAGUUCUGUCCAAAGUGUGGUAACGACACUUUGAAAAAAGUUGGUGUAUCGCUAGAUGAACAUGGUAAAAUGCAGAUACAUAUUAAUAUAAAAAGACCGCUCACCGCAAAAGGGAAAAGAUUUAGUUUGCCACGAAUAAAAGGAGGUAAACAUCCUAAUAAUCCUAUAUUGGUAGAAGAUCAGCCAAUGCCUGACAACAAACCCACCAGGCUAGCUCGUACUAAGAAUAAUCCAUUAGAUGAUGAUUAUACCGCAGGUUUUUCACCUUUUGUAAUGAGAGAUAUUAAUUCAAAAUCGGCCCAGUUAUGUAUACGACCAGGACAAGAAAUCAAACAUUGGAUGAGAAAAAAUCCCAACGAAUCAAGAAGAAGAAGGAAAUGAAUUUGAUAUUAGUAGAAAUUCUAAACUGUUCAAUUAUAUAUUUUCAAAUGAUGUUAGUUCAACAAAUAAACUUUCAUUCCAUUUA